CUCACCCGGGGCGGAGCCGGGAGAGGCGGCAGCGCCGAGCUGAGGGGUUCCUCUGGCUGGGGCUGAGAUGCCGUCCACUUGUCGCUGAAACCUCCUAAAAGAUUCAUCUGGAAACCGGAUUAAGAAUUAAGGCCGGAGACCAUCUGCGGGCUCAGGCGGUAAAUCCCUGCAGCACGGUGGGUGCUGGGGGCGCGUUUCAAGGCUGUGAGUACAUUGUGAAGUUACUGAGGGCUGGAGAUGCAGCAGCACUGGCGUCCGAAAGCUCUGUUUUAAGUUCGUGUGAUAUAAUACUGCCCUCUUUAGUUUCUAAUAAAUUUCCAUGCCAGAAGAACACAGUCAAACUAUAAUGGCAGUUGAUGAACUUCAAGCCAUAAUACAAAGAUGUCAAAUUCUGGAGGAAGCUGAUUUCAAAGGAGAAGAUUUUAAUCUGUUUCAGGUAGCAGGUCAGAAAUGUUUGGAAGAUGGAUAUGCAGCUCAGUUAUUAGAAGUAAUUCAAAAUGAGAAAAACAAGGUUAUCAUCAAGAAUAUGGGUUGGAAUCUCAUUUCUCCUCUUGUUAGAUGUAUUUUUAUGUAUAAACAAGAAGAUGAUAAGCGAGAACACUGCCUGAGGAUACUAGAUCAGUUGGCACAGCUCUGCAAUCCAAAGGAACUUUUUUUGGGUUUACUUGAGCAAAUUGAGCAGACCUCUGGAGAGCAAGUGUGUCAAACUGUGAUGUUAUUGCUUCAGCCUUUGCAGACAGUGCUUUUGAAACUUCAGAACAAGAAGGCCUACUCAGUGGGUUUGUCAUUGGCCAUGAUUAUGAAUCAGCUCACUCCCUUACCUGUACCUUAUACAAAACAACAAAUACAAGAAGACAAACUUGGUCUCUGUCAAUGUUGUAAUGCAGUGGUGGACUUUGCUAAACCUUUUGUGAAUGAAGUUGUUAAAAAUAUGGAAAAGUCAUCAGAAUACAAUGACAUGGAGCUGAAAGAGGAAUUAAUAAAAUUCUGUAUGCAAAGCCUGAAAUACCCAUUAUUGACAGCUCAGCUUGAACAGCUUGAGGGCAUUGAAGAACAUCCUUUUCGGCGCUUUGCAACCGAAAUUAUAGACAUUUUGUGGAAUACAGGAGAAUUGAUACCAUUAGUGUUUGUACAUCAUAAAGGCAAAAGUCCACACUGGGAGAAUCAGGAGUUUGCAGACAUAGAGCGAAAGAAUUCUGCUGAUUCUUUGGCAUGUCUGUCAUACCUGAUGUUUGUUCAGCAUUUUGGUGUUGAAAGCUUUCCAGUGGUUUUCAGUCCUUCAUACCUUCUGCUGUGCAAUAUGACACAUAUUGAAGUGCUGCUGAAAAGAACAGAAGAAUCUGUAUUAUCUAAAGGACUUGAUCUGUUUGAGAGCUGUUUAUUGAGAAUGGAAGAUAACAGCCUUCUCCAUCACUAUUUAGAAUUCAGAGACUUUAUUAAUGUACCUCAGGAUUUGGUGAAAAUUAUGACCCUUUGUCCCAUGGAACAUAUGAGAAAGAAGAGUUUAAGUAUUUUGCAGUUGUUCAUAGACAAGUUUGAUACAGAGGGAAAAUACACAUUAUUCAGGUGUUUACUGAAGACAAGCAACCAUGCUGGAGUGGAAGGAUACAUUAUUAAAAAUAUAAAGGAUCAGAUUCACUUAGCGUUAACGAAGGAGUAUGACAACAUUUGGUUUACAGGCCAUCACCUGAUCUCCCUUCUAGAUUUAGUACUUUCACUUCCAGAAGGUGCUGAGACUGAUCUUCUGCAAAACUCAGACAGGAUUAUGGCAUCACUGAAUCUGCUGAGAUACUUGGUCAUUAAGGAUUGUGAAAGUGACAGUCAAACUGGUGUGUGGACCACACUUGGCAAGAUAGAGCAGAAUUUCUUAAAACCACUGCGUGUAGGACUCAAUAUGUCAAGAGCACAUUAUGAAGCAGAAAUUAAAAAUAAGAAAGAAAACAGAAAAGAGGCACAAAGUUCUAAUACAGUUUGCUCUGUAACUGUUAGUGGGGAAAAGAUGCCUGCCAUGACUACUGGAAUGCAGCUUCAAGUUUUACACUCAGCUCUCUUCACAUUUGACUUAAUAGAAAGUGUUCUAGCUCGGGUAGAAGAACUCAUUGAAGUGAAAACAAAAGCUGUAAUGGAUGAGAAUAGUUAAGGCAGCUGAAGUGUUUGAAUUAACAGACUCCUGACAAGAUCAUUUGGACUAUGUGACUUCAGGUGCAAGGGAGGCUACAGCCCUGUAGGGAAGAGCAAUUUAGAGUGGCCUCCAGAAGAACUGCAAAUGCUGCUCUUCAUAAGUCUUGUUUCUAUUCUUUUUUUUUUUUGCUCUUGUUGCAUGUGAUUUGCAGAUAUGGUCUGUUCACUCCUCUUCAGAAUUUGAUGCUUUUUCUUAAGUUUAGAAACUAAAACUAAAAAAAAAAAAAAAGAUGUAUUCUUCUCUGUGGCAAGGAGGUAUGGUUAGGCAUUUAUCUUUUUUAAAUUUUCAGAAUUUGUUGGGUAGUAGUUGCUGACUGGUAUUGUGAAUUACAAAGAUUUUUAUCAAGUGAUUGAAGAACCAUUAAUUAAAAAGCCCUGUUUAAGCAAAA